AACGUGACAGUCUCUUCUUCCUCAUCUUCCCUUUCAAACAUAAAUAUAUAUAACCGCUUUUUGUCUCUUUGUCCCUUUUACAGUUAUACUAACUUCUCUCAUGUCUACAAAUAUGACUGGCGGCGAAAGGCGGUGGAGAGAGGCGGAGGAGCUCGUGAUUGAGCAAUUCCGGCUAAUCACCACCACUCUUCUCAGCCUUCUCUUCCCUCUCUCUUUUCUCCUCCUUAGCCGUCUCUCCUCCGCCGCCUUCAUCCUCUCCUUACCAUCGCCGCCGCGUGAAAACCCCGACUCUUUCUUCCUCAACACAAUCCAUGCGCUACUAUACGCCGUUGUUUCAAUAGUAACCGUUCAUACUCUAAUCCACAGCUGCUUGAUCACCAAAAUAAGACCUUCCGCAGAUACUAACCGUACGAUCAGUUUCUAUUAUCCACGUGUCAGCAUCGCGUGGGUUUUCCUUUUGAUUCUUCAAUUCGCCGUUGGAUUAGGCUUUCGAGUAACGAUCUCAAAAGGAGUCAACGGGGUAGUCAACGGUAAUAAUCACAAUUUCUUGACGAGACUCUUGUUUUUCUUUGGUCUCCACGAGGCUACGAUUCAGUGGUACCGAAUGAUCGUGAAGACGGUGGUGGAAAGCGGUUUUGGCCGGAGAGAAGAAGAGACGACGGUGGUAGAGAGAGUGGCUUUAGCAGCAAGUUGCGGUGCUUUGUGGUGGUGGAAGCUUCGGGAUGAGAUAGAGGCUUUGGUUGGCGUAACGGAGGUAAAGAGAGCUUUAAUGUUAUUGUUAUCCAUCGACGUCGUCGAUUUGAAUACUAGUCUGGUUGACUUAGGAACAGUUGAUUUUGUGAACUGGUGGUUGUAUAAUAUGAUUGUGACGAUUGGUGUGGUUAGGAUCUUAAAAGGAUGUAUUCGGAUUGGAAUGAUCUUGCUUUUUGAGCAAGCAAAAAUUCCACGUGGCAUAUCCCCAUCUGGUGUCAAUGAUGACAUUAACCAAGGAGAUAAUCAAGUGUAAAUUUUAAAAGGCAAUAUAUAUAUAUGAAAA